GGUAAAUAAUAAAUAUGUCCAAUACGGAUAAAAACUGUAAAAUUAAUGACCAUCAGGACUCGGAAUUGUCUUCAAGUAACAGCAAUAACACAUCCACAAGCUCCAGUGACUUUGAUACCAGCAGAAAACACAAAUUACGUCGCAGAUCCAGCCGAAAUGUAUCAUUCCACUAUCAGGCGCUGCCCAUGCGUAUAGUUGGCGAUAAUAAUUCUGUGAUAAUAGCCGACAUUCCCUGCUCUUCUCGGGAUAUAACUCUAAAUUCCGCUCAGAUAAUCGCGGAUAGUUCCGACUCAGAGUUCCACAUUUCAAACGAUACGAGCAACGACGAGCCGGCCAACAAAUCCAUAACUUAUGCAGCGCGACCAAUAGAAAAACCCGAUUUGGAGUUUAUAAGAAAGUUGCGAAAACGCAAACAUCGGCCAAACAAAACCUUGUAUAAAGAUUGAAUUUCAAAUAACAACUGCUGACCAGGGCUG